AUGCGCGCCCACCCCGCCGCCGCCGCCACCGCUGCUUCCCAUUCCCAGGCGCUUCCCAUUCCCACCCGACGCGGAAACCGGCGCGCAGCCGAGCCGCUGUAGCCGGCGCGCAGGGCGCAUGCGCGGGCGGCCAGGAGGGCGGGGGCCGGCGUUCAGCGGGGAGCGCUCCGGCCGCCGCUGCCGCCCGCACUCCGCGCUGCCGCCCGCCGCCGCCGCCACCGCUAGCCGGGACCGGCGGCCGCCGCCGCGCACGGCCCGCGCCCUCUCCCGCGCCGCGCCCUCCCGGUGUCCUGCCCCGCCAUGAAGUUGAGCAGCCGCGGCCGGGGAUGCUGCGCGGGCGGCAGCCGGGAGCGCGGGCCGCCGCCGCGGAGCCCCUUCGUGCACCAGCUGCGCUUCAGCCCCCUGCAGAAAGCCAAGAUUGCCUUCAUGACCUUGACUCUGUUUCCUAUCCGACUCUUUUUUGCUGCUUUUAUGAUGUUGCUGGCCUGGCCUUUUGCGUUCAUUGCUUCAAUGGGAUCUGACGAGCAAGAGCUUGAAAAGCCCCUCUCCUGGUGGCGAAAGAUAGUGGAUAUUUUGCUGAAAGCAAUAAUGAGAAUGAUGUGGCUUGCUGGUGGAUUCCACUGGAUAAAUGUAAAAGGCAGACGGGCAUUGCCAGCAGAAGCAGCAAUAUUAACGGUGGCUCCCCAUUCUUCCUACUUUGAUGCCAUUCCAGUAACCAUGACCUUCGCCUCCAUUGUGAUGAAGGCAGAAAGCAAAGAUAUUCCUGUCUGGGGAACUCUAAUCAAAUAUAUCCGACCAGUAUUUGUAUCUCGGUCAGACCAGGAUUCUCGCAGGAAAACUGUUGAAGAGAUAAAGAGGCGUGCCCAGUCUGAUGGUAAAUGGCCACAGAUAAUGAUAUUCCCAGAGGGCACUUGCACAAACCGAUCCUGUCUAAUUACAUUCAAACCUGGAGCAUUUAUUCCUGGGGUUCCUGUACAGCCAGUGGUUUUACGUUAUCCAAACAAACUGGACACAAUCACAUGGACAUGGCAAGGGCCAGGAGCGUUUGAAAUUCUGUGGCUUACUUUAUGUCAAUUUCACAAUUCUGUGGAAAUUGAGUUUCUACCCGUGUAUAUUCCUUCAGAAGAAGAAAGAAAAAAUCCAGUGUUAUAUGCCAAUAACGUCAGGCGCGUAAUGGCAGAGGCGUUGGGAGUUCCAGUGACAGACUACACAUUUGAAGACUGUCAGCUGGCUUUGGCUGAGGGACAGCUGCGUCUACCUUCAGAUACAUGUCUUUUAGAAUUUGCAAAGCUUGUGAGAAGCCUUGGGCUGAAGCCAGAAACACUUGAAGACGAUCUUGAUAAAUAUGCUGCCAGUGCCAUGAAAAUUAAGAAAAAAAAGAUUGAUCUCAAAGAAUUUUCAGCCUACUUGGAAUUUCCUGUUUCUCAUACAUUAGAAAGUAUGUUUGCACUUUUUGAUGAGAAUGAAGAUGGUGUGAUUGACAUUCGGGAAUUUGUCAUUGCUCUGUCAGUUGUCUGUAAGCCAUCCAAAACUCUGGAAACAAUUCAGCUGGCAUUUCAGCUGUACCAGUCAGAAGGUGGAACUGUAACAGAAGAGGAUUUAGCUCAUAUUUUGAAGACUGCCAUGGGUGUGUCACAAAUUGAUGUUACCCAUCUUUUUAGAGCUGUAGACGAAGAGGAAAAAGGAAAGAUUACAUAUGAUGACUUCUACACAUUUGCUGUGUUGCACCCACACUUUGCAGAAGAAUAUCUCUAUGCUGAUCAGAUGGGAGCUGAGAGCGGCUUGAAGACUUCAUCUCUUUCUGCUCCUAAUGGUAUCUGUACUGACUUCAGCCCUGACAGCGGUGGAGAUAGAAGGAAGCCCUUGCAGAAGAAACUGAAUUAACACUACAACUGUUACCUUCCUCUCCUGGUGAGAGGGUUGUAUUUUCUUGGGAUUUUCAUAAGUCGCUCCAAUUAUACAGCAAAUACCAGUUUUGUGUGUGAAAGUUCUACCUGAAUACCAUCCUUUGAAUCAUAUGUGCUAUGUUUAACAACACGUUCCAGGUUGCUUUGGGAAAGGUGUUUUAUUUUUUUUUUCAAAAGGUCUUUGAAAGGAAAAAUGUGAAUGUGCUUCAUUAUUAAUGUUCAUAUUUAAAAGGAAGCGGCACGACUUAUUUAUAUUCCAUUGGCUAGUUCCAUGUACCAAGUGUCGCACAAACUGUGCAUGUAUAAAGAAACUGUAGCUACUAUGGUGUAAAGUGCACUUUGGUGAUUAGUGUUUUCCCUAGUUAUGGGGAUGUUUAUUUGGGGCCAAACUUUGCUGUCCAUAUCUGAAUAGUCAGUCUUGUUGAUUUUGGUGGGAAUUAUUCUCUUGAGCAAGGCAAGCAUACUUUGGCCCUUUGUUUUGGUUUCAGUGAACAGUUUGGAAACAGUAAUACAAAAACUUGCUAAGGAUUACUUUUUUAUUUUUAUUGCUGAAUGACAAAAUUGUUUCUCUUUCCAUGGUAGAAUGAAAAGGAAAGGCUUCUUAUUCCUCACCCCAACACUUUUCUACUGUAAUCUUCCGGAUGCAAUUAAACAUGAAUUCUUUCCAAACUGACAUACCACAUACUGUCUGAAGAUACAUAAUUGACCUGUUUGUGCUUUUCUCUCAUAACCAGUUCAGAUCAUGACCACACAGCAUUUUAUGGGUGAUGUAUACAGACCUCUAUUUGGUUGAGAUUUAUCAGGAGUCACAGGUUUCUUUUGUAGCAAGCCUGUAAGAAUAACAUAGCAUGGAAUACAUCAUGGAAACUUUGGUGUAUCAGCAGAAGUUGGAAAAGAUUGCAGUCACUUCAGAGAUCAAGCCAGCAGCAAGUUGCAGAACAUCCUGAAGAAGUGCUAGUUAAAUCUCUAUAGCAACAUUCCAUAUACUUCAUAGAACAUACAUGAAGCUUAGAAUAGUUUAGAACUGUUUAAAAAAAACACCACACUUGUAUUAGUAAUACAUGUUUCCUUUUGUAAAGCCAGAUGCCUUAACUGCUACUGGAGAGAAAAAUCUAGAGUAUUAUAAAAUCACAGAGCUUCAUUGAUUAGGAAAUGUGACAGAAGCCUCAAGGAGUAGGAGGGAGGACUCUGUCACAAAAUAACUGUGAUGGUAACUCUGCUUCCGAACAAAAAAAUAUUUUAAGUAAUUUCUGACUAGUUUUGUAGGGUUUUGUGCAUGGAAAGCCAUUGAGAUUUGAGUCUUACACAAAGGAAUUUAAAACUAGAUUUGAAAAGGAAGAAUUGUAGCAAAGGAUGUCUGUUUGUACCAAAUGCUUUUAUAACUAUUUUUUAAAUAGCAGGAGGUAUUUUAAAGCUCAUUAGGGUAUUGGAAUGUGUCCUUAGAAAUCCCGAACUCUAUGUGGCAGGUCUCCAAACUGGAACUGGCUUUAAUAAAGAGGGUAGGAGGAAAAAAUGUAAGAAAAUGUGCUUUAUGGGGGGUAUGUGGAGGUAAUAAUUAAAUUUUUGAUUUAUCUAGGUAACAAAAGCCAAGCUCAUGGAGCGGCAGCAGACUGGCUGACAAGAUUUGAAUUAAAGCUAAUCAUGACAAAUAGGAGAAAUUGAUUGAAAAAAUAAGACAUAUGAGAAACUACACUUAAGUAGGAAUAGUCAGCUGCACAGAGGAGGGAGUGAGUAUUACUGUGCUAUAUCUGGAGGCAGGGAUGGCACAGAAUAUGUCAAAUUGAGCACUGUUAACUCUUUGCUGCAGAAAAGGUGCUCUUGAUGGAGAGGUGCAUCAGAAUGUGGCCUGUGAGAAGCAGGGUGGAUUUCUUCAUUGCCAAGAUGUGAUAAGGUACCUGAGGUACCUGUUCAUAUUGGGGCAUCUGAGAGAGAUUGGGUAAAAAUUAAUAAAGUCUGGAGGACAGAAAGUACUCAGAAAGAGAUCAGAAGUAUCCUUUAAUCCAAAGAAAAGGACACUGAAGGAAGAUGUGAACAGUCUUUAAAUAUGGGAAAAGUUGCUAUAGAGGAAAUAGGAACACUUUUCUCCACAAGGAUAGUAGAUGCUAGCUAUUAAUUGAAAAGGCCAGUUAAGCAUUAGGAAAAGUCUCUUACAAUAUGCCUUAUUAAGCUAAGGAGGAGGGUUAUUUCAGGUGGAGUGAAGAGCCUGCCUUCCUUCACUGGAGGAAGGAAGUUUUUGAAAACUGGACUUUUUGAAAACUGAGAGGCUCCAAUAGAGACACUUGAUUUUGCUGAUCGUGCCCCAGGGAGAUGUCCCUGAGGUCUGUUUUCUGUAAUUAUACGGCAUGUAAGGGAAGGUAGGUGUAGUCUGGACAUAUUGUAUCUCUACAAGACUAUGGCACGUGGCUCAAGCUGGCUAAGAUAGUUAUCUUUUGCUUCGUAUGUGAGCUUGGGAAUGUGAGAAUUUCAGAAUGCAGGGAAUGAGAGAGAGUUCCUCAACGUGUGUCUGGAAAGAAGAAAGAGGUAAGCUUAGAAACCCAUGGACAACUCUGACUGAGAGACACUCCAAAGAAAGAGAUACAUUGACCACAUCUGUGAAAAAGCAAAGAAAGCUGAUUGAAGUUGGCUAAAUACAAGUGUGUAAUUUGCAUGUAUGGUGUGAGUAACUUGAGGGUAUGUUUCAUAAAAGCCCAUAGGUUCAUUGACUUUUUUUAAAAUUUUUAUUUCUGAGGUGUUUUAUAAUUGUGGUGAGUGUAAUAACUGCACUUGUGUGCACCUAAGCUGUACAGAGUGCACUGGAGGGUGCUGCAGCCUGUAGUAGAUGGGCCCUUAAACAGGCUCCACAGGGAGGCACUGAAAGUCCUGUGCACCAGUGAGCUCAGCCCAGAGCUGCUGCUGGAGAAGGCUGGUGACCAACACAAGGCACGAGCAAGUACUCUUGGUGGAUUAAAACUCAUUUAAAAAUUGGUGGGUUAAAUAAUUUUUU